UAAACACUUCCCACCCCACUUUGCAUUCCCACCAGCAGUGUCCGUGUGGUCCAGCUCUUCAGCCUGUGGUGGUGUUGUCAGCUGUUAUUUGAGCUGCUCUCAUCGGCGGGGUGACAUCUGGCUGUGGGUUUCGGGCUAGGGAUACCGAACACCUGCUCUCCCGCUUACCUGUCACCUGCAUGUCCUCAUGCCCAUGUUCUGCUUGGACCGCGCCCUUUCUUACCGUGGAGUUUUGAGAGUUUGCGAUAUAUUCCACUAAUCCUUUGUUGGACGCGGGGUUUGCCAAUAUUUUCUCCCACUCCGUAGCUUGUCUUCUCACCCUUCUAACAGGGUCUUUCAAAGAGCCAAAGUUGUUAAAGUUUUGGUGAACUCCAGUGUGUCAGUUUUUCCACGAGUGGGUCAUGCUUUUGGUGUCAAGUCAGACGCAUUUGCCCGGUCCUACAGCCUAAAGGUUUUCUCCCGUGUGUUUUUCUAAAGGUUCUGUAGUUUUAUGUUUUAAAUUUUAAGUCCCCACCUUGAAUUGUUUCUCUGUGUAAGGCACGGGAGUCGGGUUGCAGUCUUCGUCUGGCCUCUGGAUGUCCCGUUAUCGGGGCAGCAUUUGCUGAGAAGGCCGUUCCUCUCGUUUGCAUUGCUUCUGCACUCUGGUCACAGAUGAGCUGGGCGUGUUUGUGCCGGUCCGUGUCUGUGCCGUCUCGGGUCACCUGCCAGGCGGUAGUCAUUACCACCCCCUUAACUGUCCACCCUCCCAGCACCGCACGCGCAAGCGCAGUGUGCUGUGACUGCUUCACCGAGAGAUCCGCCGCUUCCCCCUCCACGAAGGUUUCCUUUGUCGCUGGUGUGCGGGCAGUGGGGGCGGUCCCGCGUGUCUCCAGGGCGUGAGAGCAGAGAGCUUGGGGGCGUUUUCUGUAACCAGGGCUCCUCCUGUGUGGGAGGCAAGAACCUUACCAUCAGAAUGCUCAGGGCCUGGAAGGCACUUCAAGGGGGAAAGCGAGAUGAGGACCUGAUCCUACCCAUCAACUCCUCUCUGAGUGUCACCUUGCACCAGGACCAGUUGAAAACCACCACCACAGCUGCCAUUAGCAAGGACUUCACCGAGGACCGAAUUUGGCUGAAUGGCCAGGAGGAGGACGUGGGGCAGCCCCGCCUCCAGGCCUGCCUAAGGGAGAUCCGCCGCCUGGCCCGGAAGCGGAGGAGCGCCGGUGAUGAGGACCCACUGCCCCUCAGCCUCAGCUACAAGGUUCACAUCGCAUCAGUGAACAACUUCCCCACAGCCGCGGGCCUGGCCUCCUCAGCGGCAGGUUAUGCCUGCCUAGCAUAUGCCCUGGCCCGGGUCUACGGGGUUGAGAGUGACCUCUCGGAAGUGGCUCGCCGGGGCUCAGGCAGCGCCUGCCGGAGCCUGUAUGGUGGCUUUGUGGAGUGGCAGAUGGGGGAGCGGGCCGAUGGGAAGGACAGCAUAGCCCGGCAGGUGGCCCCGGAGUCACACUGGCCCGAGCUCCGAGUCCUCAUACUUGUGGUGAGCGCGGAGAAGAAGCUGAUGGGCAGCACCGCAGGCAUGCAGACCAGCGUGGAGACCAGCUCCCUGCUCAGGUUCCGGGCUGAAUCGGUGGUGCCAGCACGCAUGGCAGAGAUGACCCGCUGUGUCCAGGAGCGCGACUUCCAGGGUUUCGGCCAGCUGACCAUGAAGGACAGCAACCAGUUCCACGCCACCUGCCUGGACACCUUCCCACCCAUCUCUUACCUCAGCGACACCUCCAGGCGCAUUAUCCAGCUGGUGCACUGCUUCAACGCCCACCAUGGGCAGACCAAGGUGGCGUACACAUUUGACGCGGGCCCCAAUGCCGUGGUCUUCACCCUGGAGGACACUGUGCCUGAGUUCGUGGCUGCCGUGAGACAGUGCUUCCCCCCCGAGUCGAACGGAGACAAGUUUCUGAAAGGGCUGCCCGUGAGGCCUAUCCCACUCUCGGACGAGCUUAAAGCUGCGCUGGACGUGGACCCCACCCCCGGCGGUGUCAAGUACAUCAUUGCCACCCAGGUGGGACCUGGGCCUCAAAUCCUGGAUGACCCUCACGCUCACCUCCUGGGCCCAGACGGCCUGCCGAAGCCAGCCGCUUGACUGCCUUCCCCGAGGGGAGCCCUGGCCACUGCUGGGAGAACGGCCGCUUCGCUGGGACUGGGGAGCUGGGUGUGGCGGGUGGCGGGUCCAUGCUUGUUGGGGCUUGAGGGCUAGCCACUGGGCUCCAGGCCGGACCACGUGCUGUGGCCGAGUUGGGUCAGUGGAGUGACUAUGUGCGCCACCCAGGCCAUUGGGAAUGCCCCCCCACCAAGUGCCUCACCUCGCCCCAGCCUCACUCAGUGCUUUGCCGAGAAGAGAGUGGGUAUGAGCACCAAGGAUCCGAUACUGGGCACUGAGCUGGAUGGUGUGGAGCUGCCGGGCACCCUUCAGAGGGCCCCCUGGACUCACUCUCCGAGGCCACUCCCACAGCCCCAAACAGCAGCUCUGCCGGACAUGACGGGGAGUUGGCACCCCUCCUCAGAGCCGGAGGACAGGUCGCCGCUGCAGACCUCAGGGACCCCCCCCACAGAAGCUUCAAGCCUGAGACAGCCCCCAUGCUCCCUCUGCCAGACUCAGGCAUGCGGCACAGAAAGACCCCGGGUGUGUCUCCAGCGGGCGGUGGGCGAGCAGCACCAAAGGAGCCUGUGGGCUGCUGGGAAUAAAGGCAGCGGGGCUGACUGGG